AUGGCAGACAUUGAAUUUGGCACAGAAUUCCCUGAGCUCAAUCUUCUCACCAUUGAAGAGACAAUUGUUGAUGGGCAGUUCAUUCAACACGUCAUGGUGGACGAAAACGUAAUUGCAACGAGAAAGCAUGGCUCAAGUAUGUGGACGCAAACAGCUCAAAUCUUUACCUCGCUCCCAGAUGGUUCCCCUAAGUCAUACUUCCUGAAGAUCUCAGCCGGUAUUCUUGGUUUUGGAAUGGCGGAAGGAGAAUACGAGUCAAUUGCUGCAAUCCACAAAGUCAAACCAGAAUUCUGUCCCAAGCCCCAUGGAUGGGGAACUUUCAAGUCUAACCCUUAUCUUCAUUUUCUUUUCACUGAUUUUGUGGAAAUGAAAGAAAACGUUCCUGAGAAAGAUACGUUCACCACGAAGUUGGCGGAGUGCCAUCACGCUUCUAUGGGAUUGUCGCCAAUGGACAAUACUUGGACCGAUACUUGGGAAGAGUGCUAUAAAAACAACAUUGUUCGUAUGCUUCAGCUCGAAGCAGAAGCUCGCGGGUCUAGCGAGGAGUUGAACGAACUCACCAAACCUUUACUACAAAAAGUCAUUCCAAGAUUGCUACGACCACUGGAAACGAGUCUUAACUAUUUGAAGCCUUGUUUUCUUCAUGGAGAUCUGUGGCAUAGAAAUACCGCUACUGAAUUGAGCACUGGAAAGCCGAUCACUUUCGAUGCAUCAGCAUUCUGGGGUCACAACGAAUAUGAAGUUAGAACGAUGAGGACGGCUGGCGGCCAAUUUGAUCGGAGCUAUCUCAACUCCUACUAUCAAAAGUGUCCCCUUCGGAGCCGACUGAGGACGCCGAAGAUCGCCUCACUCUUUAUGCCUUGUAAGAAAAGCUACAUUGUCUCAAAACAAUCUUUAUUAAUGGAACUCGAAAUUAGACGGUCGAGAAUUCACGACCCUGCACUCUACUCUAUGAAUGAUAGAUAUAGGACCUUGCUCAUCGAACAGAUGCGAUUAUUGGUUGAGAGGUUCCCAAACGGGUACGAAGAGCCGAAAACCAAAAUUUAA